AUGAGUGAAUCUCAUGGUUCCGGCAGUCACGCUAGUGGUGGUGGUAGCGGUAGCAGCAGUGGAGGCGGGUUUUGGUCCGAAAAUAAAGGUUCUAUUAUGUCUGGUUUAGGACAAGCUGCUAAGCUGGGGUAUAGAGGCACCAAAUUUAUAGCCAAAACAGGAUAUAAAGCGGGUAAAGCGGGUAAAGCACAAUACGAUAAGUCAAGAAAUAACAAGAAAAAAGGCCAUGAUGAAGCUGACGAUGAAUAUAAAGACGAUGAAUUUGAAUAUGAUAGGGAAGAGCGUAGAGGCUCAUUUACACAUGAUCAUGCUCAAAAUGCCAAUAGGUUUGGAAGACCUCCUUUGAGAGAGGACAGACAACAGCAAUACGGUUACUCAUCUCACGAACACCAGCAGUAUGGGGAUUACCCACCCCAACGAGGUCGUCAGCAAGAACAUGAUGACUAUCCACCUCAGCGUGGAUGCCAGCGGGAUCAUGAAGGAUAUCCACCACGACAACAGUAUGAGAGGUAUUCACCUCAACAACAAUCGCAAUACGGUGACUAUCCAAAUCAGCAAACGCAACAGGGAUAUACACCUCAACAGCAACCAGCUUAUCCUCCCAGACAUCAACAACAACAACAACAACAACAACAACCAGCUUAUCCUCCCAGACAACAACAACAACAACAACAACAACCACCACCACCAGUUUUCCCUCCCCAACAGCAAACACCUUCACCAGGUGAACUUCAGCCACUUUAUAAUGCAAAUGGCGAAAUAAUUGGAUAUGUUCCGGUUCAACAAAAUGGUGCUGACUAUUUCCCACAAUCUGCAACAUUUCAAGGACAACAGCCAUCAGUUAUGCCUUCCAGAGCAGCACAUCCUUUACCACCACAUGUGCAAGGCCAGGGUGCUUUACCUCAACAAGAGACACUUCCCAGAAUGCAGCAUCCGUUACCGACCUCGUCACAAGGACAACAAUCAAGCUAUAGCGAAAGGGCACCUCAGUUUCCAGAGAUGUCCACAGCUAACAACUUUGGGGCUUCUCCAAUGUAUGCCCAACAACAGGGCCAGUCUGCUUAUGAUUUAAAUGGGCCAGCGCCAAACUCAUCUUCUUCUGCACUCAUAACAAAUGGACCAAUCGUCGAAACAAACCCAUAUGUGUGGAAGGACGAAGAAACUAGAAAGGAAGAAAAGAAACUGCCGAUAAAUAUGAUAGAUAUAUCUAAAUUGGCACCACCCCCUAAACAUGUAGCUAGAGGCCCGGAAGCAGGACCUUCAUUUAGCGAAGAGGUUACGAAAAAGUACAAAAGCCCUGUACCUGGAGAAGUUACUGAAGAUAGUGUUGCCGUUAGUCAAGACCUCAACAAGAACGCCAAUAAUAAUGGCGGACGAAAUACAAAUCACAGCAAGAUUAAAUUAAGAGCAAUCUCACCCGAACCAAUAUCUAGAAAGCCUACAGAUGUUAGUGUUUCGAGCAGUAUUAAUUCAGGAUUUCCUGCGCGUCGCGAAGAUUCCACUGAUAAUAUACACGAUGGGGGAAGUGAUGAAGAUACACAAGCUUUAGAGAAACAGAAAGUUGAAAGCGAUGCUAAUGAGCCUAAAAUUCUGAGAGAAAAUUAUAAUUACAAACCUAACAUUGGAUUUGCUCCGCCACCACCUCCACCAGGUAGUAGUGAGCGUUUCAGUGCCUCUAAUACCGACAUGGGCAAUGGUGCAACUUCGUUGGCAACACAUUCAUCUGCUUCGUCUUUAAUAUCGACCAGUAACAAUAAUAGUAAUUCUACCACUUCGAUCGCGAAAGAAUCACGUUCUGUACCUAAGCCACCAUUGUCUAAAUCUAUUUCAUCUUUUAAUAAUUUAAGAGAUGGAAGUAAAAGGGAAAAUGGCGAUGGACCACAAGCUGCAGUUUUGGGAUCUAAUUACAAUUAUAACAAGCUUGAUGUUAAUAAAUUUGCACCACCACCUAAACCAUAUAGGAAUCUUGAGCAACAACAGCAGCAAAACGAAAAGAAUUUUGGCUUGUCAUCUAAUUCAGCAGCCAGUGUUGCAUCUACCUCUGCUGCGCCUUCAUUUUAUUCUGGAAAUGACAGUGUAUUCAAUGAUGUGCCAUCAGCUACCCCACAUAGAAGAGAUAGCAGCAAGGAAUUACCUCUAGGUAACAACGGUGAUGGUGGUAGUAUUAAUAGUAAUGAUAAUGAUUAUCAUAAACAUUUUAAUCAAAACGGUACUGACCACAGUAUUAAACCUAAAUUACCACCGCCUGUUGGCGCCAAACCAUCGAAAUUAAAAACUGAUAUUGUGUCACCAUUGCCGGCAGUUAAACCUAAGCCGAAUUUUUUGAGAGGAGGAUUAGAUACUGCUAGCAAUAACAAUGUUGAAGAAAAGGGAAGGAAAGAAGCAACAACUUUUGAGGAGAAUGAAAAUUUGAGGCACGAAUCUGCGCACGACUUGAUUAAUGAAUUUAACAAAAAGUUAAAUUUUAAUAAUAAUAGUAUGAUUGCUGGUAAUGGUGGUAAUGUUAGUGACGUGGAUAAUUUUAGUAUGAUUGCUAAAAAUAAGAAAAAGAAAGCUCCGCCCCCAGUCAAACCAAAGAAAAAAAUGUUGUUGCCUGGAAGUUAUGUUACUAAUGAAGAUAUUAACACUGAAUUAAAACAUGAUGAUGAUAAUCCAUUUAGCGUUUAUUCUAGAAACACUGUCCCUACAGAAUACAAUAGAAUGAACGCACGUCCAUGA